CAAUAGUGUGACCAUUGACAGACACCAUACAUUAGCGAAACACGUGUAACCUAGCGAAACGGCUGGUACUAAGUGCGUACGACCGGUGAAGUGCUGUCACCGCGACUGUACUCGCAAUAGUAGUCUCCUUCACGGCCCACGCCAACGCCAUUCGUUGCUUGUGCUGGCCGCCUAAACUGAAGUUGCAUACAAUACCCGAAUAUAAAAUUUCGGGGCAGUCGCACGGGCAGCAGCCAAGGAGAAAAACUGAUUGGGCGAAGAACGGAAUCCAGAGCAGCCGGGCCAAAGGCCAUGGCGGCGCAGCCAGCUGCUACCGUACUUAAUCCCAAUAUGCUCCCAUGUGUGCGUAAUAAUGUCCACUUCGUGCUUCUAGUAGCGCUACUAGCCGGGAUCCUCCUAACCCUAGUCCACUGGUGCGCCCCCGCUGACUUUAUCGACCCUGCUGGAAGCCUUGGCGGCAACACUGUCGCCGCUAGCAGCGCCAGCCUCGGCAUGGCGGAAGAGCAACCUUCUGCCAGCCUUGGCAGGGCGGAAGGGCAGCCUUCCGCCACGGAAAGGGUUGGCGCAAAUAAUGGCUGGGAGCUUUCCGCCGCGGAUGGCGCAACAAUAACUGCGCAGCCGUGCAUCAGUGGCGCGAUCAACAGCAGCGCAGAUAGCAGGGGCACGGGCAGCAGUAAUUCCACUAUCAGCGGCACGGGCAGCAGCAGCGGCGCGUUCAACGCGCCUAAAUUCGACGUGCGCGCUGUGCGCCUGGGGGGAAAACCGCUCUGCUGGUGGUCCGGGGACCACGGUGGGUACAGCUGGGACUACGAGAGCCGCGCUUCCGCCAACGCAGCUAGAGGUUGACGGCGCGGCGGCGUGGUUAUGUUCGGGAACGGGUGCGCGGGGUGCGUAGCGGGACAGUGGUGUAGCUUUGAGAUCGAGAUAAGACCGCCUGCGAAUUGGGUGUUACCUGCGACGGAAGCGUUUGUGGAUCUGCUUUUAGUGGAGCUGUGGGGGCCUGCUAUCGCGUACGCGGAGGUGAAGAAGGAGGCAGGCGAUAACAGGCGGUGGAGGGUCUCUUAUCGAAUUUGGGACGCGGGAAAAUACGUCGUUACAGUCACAUCCGGUUGCAGCAACCUGAACUACUCCUCGCAAUUCGCUCAACAGGGCAUCGAUCCUUUUGCGAAUUGGACUCUUUCCGUUGACCACCCUUUCGCAAAUUACUCACCCGCUCGUGCUUCUGCCGAACUUUCCGCGAAUUCAGACUCGAAUCUGGUCUCUGAGGGGAGAGGGGAGGCGGAGGGGGAGGCAGAAAGGGAGGCGGAGGGGGAGGAGGAUUGGCGGAGGGAGGCGAAGCUGGAAUGGCAACAGGCGCCUUGCGAUCAGUCCGUUGCUGGCAGAUGGCUCGUCGAGCAAAACGCCUACAGGUGGCGGUUCUACCCGUGUGCGUCGCCCCUGCCGCCCCCUUUCCAGUGGGUGGAAGCUCUUCAGGCACGCGGCAUUCGGGAGAUCAGCUUUGUGGGCGACUCGCACCAGCGCUUCCUCAUGCUCUUUAUAAACUACCUCGUUAUGCACGACAUUGAUGACGCGCUCUGGAAGUACCACGGGGAUAUCGUGAUUAAAGUGCCACCGCCCAAGGGGCGAAGGGACCUGCAGCCGCUGAGGCUAAAUUUUUUCUGGGUCGAUGGGAUGUACCAGAACGGGGAGUACGGAUGCGUUCGCCGGGGCUUUUGGUCGCACCGUAACGACUCGUUCCCCGAGGUGUCGGCUUCUGCCGAUGUGACCAUCAUCGACGGGGGCUUCUGGACUGCCUGCCAGUGCAACGAGUCGGAACAGGCGUUCAACAAACACCUGCCCGAGUAUGUCUCCUGGGCGAGGCGCCAACUGGACAGGCUGCACCUGUGGCACGGAGAACACAAGGGAGAGGGGCAUCGUCGGGGGGUGGAGGGCGUGGGAGCUUCGAAUUCAGGCGGAUUGAGUGGGAAGCCAUGGAUGUUGUACCGAAGCAUUCUUCCAUGGAAGGCAAAUGGAACUUGCGGAGGAUCGUUGGUGACUAACUCCCUUAUUGAGCACAUGAAUGAGAUUAUUAAGGGGGAGAUCCAGCGGUACGGGAUUGGGUAUCUUGAUGGGUGGCCGGUUGAGGCUCCGCGGUAUUUUGACACCUGUAAGGAGAAGGAUAUACACUACACAUGCCACCAGGCAGAUACGCACAACAAGAAUGGCAAAUUCGUUGGGGAAGUUGGGGAAGCUAUGGUGCUCAAUACGAUGUACACUUUACUGAAUAAGCUUGAGUAGCAGAAUCUGAAUGCAGAUAUUGUGCACUUUGUGCUAUAUUUCGUAGUUAAAAAUCCACUUGGAAGUUA